GUUAGGAUUUUAUAUAUAAACUUAGCUUAAUUUAUGCAAGCACAAUGUGUAAAUAUGCCUAUACAUUUAUGUAGGUUUUAUGUAAGACGCAAGUGGGUUUAAAAAACAAAGUUUGGGUUUGCAUUAGUCUGUGAAUUCUGUGAGUGCAGAACUUUCUCUACGUCUUCUUUUUUUCUGCUGUGGGCGUGACCCUUCUGUGUCGAGCGCUCUUUGGUUACUACAACUGUCCGUCAAACCCUGGACUUGAAAAAAAUCUAAUAUACAGAAAAAAUCAAGGCUAUUAUUUCUAUCGGUGGGCGGGUUUUAAAUGAAGGGAAUAAUCAGUCAGGCAGUCCAGGGAGCCACCUCAAAGCAUAUCGGGUUACUUUGAAUGACAGCGUAGCCAUGGCGAAUAAUUUGACUAAAACUAUUGUCUUAUCCUCGCCGUCCCUGGGUCGGAUAACCAACCAAUCAGAGUUCACACAAUCGGUUUUCUUGCCAGCUUAGAAUAAUAUUAUUAAAACGAGCGAGCGAGCUUAGUAGUCGGGAGAACGCUAUGCUGAAACGGCACAGAAAAGACGGCGAGCUACUCACUCGGGAGGGAAAAGUUUGUCUCGUGGUUUUUAGAUGGAUAUACGGUUUGUUACUCUCGUCUGAGUGGAUCUGAAGUAUCGGGCCCACUCCAUUCGGAGAAGGAUUUUAUUGAUAUUCGAAGACGUUUUGAAAUUGUAUCGUUCAUGGACUUCCACCGCCUUUUGCUUGAGAAUCGUUGUCCUUAUCGAUAACGUUGACGAAACAUUUGUCAGCAACGAACCAUGUCUAUGCUUCCGACUUUCGGCUUUACGCAAGAGCAAGUGGCGUGCGUGUGCGAGGUCCUGCAGCAGGGCGGCAACAUCGAGCGCCUUGGCCGCUUUCUGUGGUCCCUGCCGGCUUGCGAACACCUCCACAAGAACGAGAGCGUGCUCAAGGCCAAGGCCGUAGUCGCCUUCCAUCGGGGAAACUUCAGAGAGCUCUAUAAAAUCCUUGAGAGCCACCAGUUCUCGCCGCACAAUCACCCGAAACUACAACAGCUCUGGCUCAAGGCGCACUACAUCGAGGCGGAGAAGCUGCGUGGACGGCCGCUUGGAGCCGUGGGCAAGUACCGAGUGCGUAGGAAGUUCCCGCUUCCCCGGUCCAUCUGGGAUGGCGAGGAGACAAGCUACUGCUUUAAGGAGAAGAGUCGCAGCGUGCUAAGGGAAUGGUACACUCAUAACCCGUACCCUUCACCACGGGAAAAGCGCGAGCUGGCAGAAGCAACCGGCCUGACCACCACUCAGGUCAGCAACUGGUUCAAAAACAGGAGGCAACGCGACCGCGCGGCGGAGGCCAAAGAAAGGGAAAACAACGAGAACUCCAACACGAACAGCCACAACACACUUACGUCGUCCAUGAACGGAAACAAGACGAUGAUGGGCAGCUCAGACGAAGACAAAACCCCGAUCGGAACUCCAGAUCACACGUCGUCGAGCCCAGCGCUACUGCUCACUUCCGCCUCCGGCCUCCAGCCUCUUCACGGUCUGGGAGCUCCGCCGGCGCCCAGCGCAGUACCAGUACCAGGCGCUAUAACUGUACCAAGCGCGGACUCGCUGCACCACCAACACCACCACCAUGGCCUGCACGACACCAUACUGAACCCUAUGGCCUCCAACCUGGUCGAUCUGGGCUCUUAAAAUACAAAAAAGCUAAGAGCAGGACGCUUGUCGACUGCAGACUUGUGGAGCAAAAAUACUGACAGGGAAGGUAUUGACGGUGGGAGAAAGUUGUGGAUGAUGUUUUGGAUGGCCUACACUCAAAGCCAAUAAAGAGGGUCCUUGAUGAGGUAUUUUUCUAGAAUGUAGACUAACAUUAUUCUCAAAGCCACGGAGCUACAAAGUCUUAAUUCUUGUUUUCGACGUCGUUAUUCCUUCAGAUUUCGACACAUCCGUGACUUCUCGGUCAUAUACCCCAUUUGUUUACAUGUUUUCUUUUUCAAACGCCAUAGUAAGUUUCCUUUUGAUGGGGUGCCGUCAUAUGAAGUGUUUUAUUACCAGCACAUCGAUUAUUAAGCUUAGCUUCUUCUUUUUUUCCUUUGUGGAAAGCGUCUGCAUGUAAAUCUUUGCGAUCAAGUAAUAAAAUAUAAGCCCGAUCCCAUCAAAGUUUCAUAUACCAUUUACAAUAAAAGCUAAUGUGCAUUUAUUGAUAACGGUAUGUGUUUGCAUGGUUUUGUUUUCACAUGAUUUUGGGAAUACAGGAUACAGAUUAUAGCAAACGAGAAAGACAGCCACAUAAUAUUAUAACAUAGUAACUAAUAUAUAUGUAAUAUUAUAAUAUAGUUACUAAUAUAUUUCAGAGCUGGUGUGCUCGUCCUUGACCUUGCACCUGUCUAAAAUGACUAUAUGAAAAAUUAGAAAUGAUUCUACAGCAAUAUACUUAUAGGGUUUCAGUAGCAAUACGCAUGCUAGUUGACCCGAGUGUCAAAAACAACAUUCUUUCAUUUAGUCGAAAUUUUCCUGAACACUCAGUGAGAUUUAUGCACCCCGACUGAUCACUGGCUAACACUGGUUAAAUCCCUCCCUUGUUUUCAGCUAAGACACAUAAUUAAACGUUUAUUAGCGGAAGUGAGGGAAGUUCUAUAAGCACACAAUGCUCCUUCCUCAGUGUUACAACUAACUAUAUGCUGAGCUUUAUUCACCAUAGGCUUAAAAGGUUCAAUAACGAGCAUGAUAACAUUUUGUACAUUAGGAGUGUUUCCCUACAUGCCGGCUAAAACGGUAUUUACAUUUUUUUCUCUUAGUUUCCCAAAUAGGCUCUUAGCAUGAACGUAAAAUAACUAUUACAGGCUACUCAAGAAUAGCUAUUUAUUUAUCAGGGCAGAUGUGAGAUAAUUUCAUAUAUAUUUUUUCAAAUAAUUCACACUAACAAUGAAGCAUAUUUAAACUGACAUAAGCUGUAUACAGUGAGACAUGCUCAGUGCGCAAUGCAGGAUCAGGUUGAGUGCCAGUGACUGCACUAAAUCUUUUAAGAUGAAUUUACCAUUUAGUGUAGACUAGAGCUAUUGCCGUUUUUUUAUUACUUUUUUUUUACAGUAAAUUUGUACAGUAUUUUCGAUAUAAUAUUUUGGAUUAUAAUCAUUUUCAGAACAAACGUAUAUGUCUGUAGAGUCUGGAUGCUGUAGGCAAAAAGCCUUAAUAUGUUUAAGAAUUAUAGACUUUUUAGACAUUUGGUUUGUGGUCAUUUUUCCGCAACUUCCUUUAUUCUGGAUAAUUGUAUGGUAAUCAAGUAUGUGUAAUACAUAAUAAGUUACAUCUCGAUAAUUUAUUCGAUUCUUUAUAAUUAAUACUUGCGUAAGGUUUGCUCGGUGGGCCAUUACAACUUGACACAUGUACCCGUCUUUUGGACACGUCUUGGUUUAAUUCACGGCUCUUAAACAGAACAAGAA